AUGUGGCUGUCAGUCCUUACCAAAAACUUAGACCCUAGUCCCAGAUCCUACUACCAGACUCUAAUCACCACAACAUUAACAACCAUAUUCUGCUUAUUAUCAACACCAUCCACAGCACAACUAACAGCUUCCUUCCCCCUUCCCCUACCCACAAACCGCUACGCGCGCGACCCAAGCAUCAUCCUGCAUAAAGGCUACUACUACCUCUUUUCCACCAGCUCUCAACUCUCCUACUGGCGCGCCUCCAGCCUCUCCGGACCCUGGCUAUCGGCAGGCUCUGUCCUGCCCCGUGGCAGGGGGAGCACAAUCGACAAGGGCAACCCACGACAGCCCUGGGCACCUACCAUUUUGCAGGUCAAUGAUACAUUUUAUUGUUUCUAUUGUGUGAGCACCCUCAAUACGCGAAAUAGUUCGAUUGGAGUCGCGACCUCGGACUCGCUGGAUGAAGGAGCAGGAUCAUGGACGGAUCAUGGCGCUAUCGUGAAUACCGUCUCCGGCGCGAAUGCAGAUGUAUAUCCAUAUAAUUGCUCCAACGCUAUCGAUCCUAGCGUCAUCGCCGACCCCCUCUGCAACAGUGGUCGAGCAUGGUUGACCUUUGGAAGUUAUUGGAGCGGUAUAUGGCAAGUUCCAUUAUCCUCGGACUUGUUGUCUGUCGAAAACGCAAAGAGUCCCAAUGCGACCCAUGUAGCGUUCAAUGCUAGCUUUCCAGCCGAGGAGGCGUCGUUUGUGAGUUACAAGGCGCCUUGGUAUUAUUUGUGGUAUAGUAAGGGGUACUGUUGCGGGUUGGAUAUUGAUGAUUUACCGACUGCUGGGACCGAAUAUUCGAUUCAGGUUGGUAGAUCGCUGGACGUCUCAGGUCCGUAUCUAGACAAGGAGAGUGUCUCGCUGGCUGAGGGCGGCGGGUCGAUGAUCUACGGAUCGAAUCAUGACGGUCAGGUCUAUGCCCCGGGAAGCAUUGGGGUGAUCAGUAGCGAUUCUGGGAAAGAUGUCUUGUAUUAUCAUUACUUGAACCUGAGUAUAGGUAUCUCGGAAAGAGACGCAAUUCUAGGCUACAACUACCUAGACUACGACGACGGCUGGCCGGUCGUCAGUUCAACCAACAUUGAAGAUGUGAAGUCCGCUGCGUCUAAUGUCCCAUUGACUCAAUACUUUCUAUAUUUAUGCAUAAUUUUGUGCACUUUACGGCUGUUAUGA